AUGGCCAGCGAGGCGACAGACUCACAACCCCUCGACACAAUCCGGUUUCGCCCAAGCAAGAAGCGCAAAGUCUACAGAUCGCGAGCCGACGAGGACGAGGACGACGAGAGCGACCGGCGCGCCCAAAUCCCCAGCGCGAGCACCACCGAGCCCCGCGCCGUCGCAUCAGACUUCUUCGGCCGGGACGACUCCGAGGAGACCACACCGCAGCCCUCGAGCAGCGUCGCAGCAGCCCUCCGCCACCGGCCUGCUCGUCGCGGCCGCCUACAGGGCGUCGGCUUCAGCACCCGCUCCCAUGCGACGACCACCGAUCCCGCCUCGGACGAGCGAGCCCUCGUCCCCAGGCACGGCGAUGACGAUGACGCCCCCGCGCAAAUCGGCAUGGCCAACCGCUUCACGCAGCAGACCGGGCUCGUCUCCGACAUCGACGACAAGCACAUUCGAGCCGCCGAGCGCGCACCCCCACCCCCUAACAACAGCAACCCUCAAGACGGAGACGAGACCGCCGACCGUUCGCGCUCCUCCUCCGCACAGCAGGCCCCCGGCCAGCCAGUCAUGCAAGGCAAGCUGGUAGAGGUCGACCUCGCCAGCCACCCCAUCCCUGCCGCGGGAGACGACAGGUCCGGUGGUCGCGAGUCGAAGCGGCAGCGCCUCGGCCGCGACGGCAAACCCUGGCGCCCGCGCAAGCGCCGCGGAAGCGACGACAUCAAGCGCGACAAGCUGGUCGAGGAGUUCCUCAGCGAGAACAGACGUGAGUGUCCUUCCAGCGCCCGCCACGUGCGCAUUGAUUUGUUUACUAACAUGGCCCUCCUUCUGCUUCUAGUUGGUGUUUACGACGUGUCCGAAGUAUCAGCCCCGAGCCCUGCAGCCGACGGCGAGGCAGACGAGCGUCUCGCAGAAGAGUUCCGCCGGCAAUUCUUGGAUGAUGUGGCUCGGAGACGGCAGCAGCAACAACAGAGGAAAAAGAAGCCUACCCAGGCAGCGAAGCCAGGCUCGGAGGAUGUUCUCAGGGGACCUAAACUUGGAGGAAGCCGAAACCAAAGAGCAGCAGUCCGGGACAUUUUACUUAAAAAGGAAAAGGAGGCCAAAAAAUAG